CUUCAUUCCUGCGUUGUUUGGGGACAGUAGGAAGAUGGCGGCGGCCCCGCUGUACUGUGUCUGCCGGCAGCCCUACGAUGUGAGCCGGUUUAUGAUCGAAUGCGACAUCUGUAAGGACUGGUUUCACGGCAGCUGCGUUCACGUUGAGGAGCACCAUGCCGUGGAUAUCGACGUUUACCACUGUCCCAACUGCGAUGUCAAACACGGACCCUCCCUGAUGAAAAGGCGCAACAACUGGCACAGACACGAUUACACGGAGCCAGAUGACGGGUCGAAGCCGGUCCAGGCCGGUACCUCUGUGUUUGUUAAGCAGCUUCAGCAAAGGACCUUCCCGAGUGCCGAGGAGAUCUUGAUACGGAUGAAGGGCGAGCAGGUGACCACCAGGUAUUUGGAGAGACACGGCUUCAACUACCCCAUCGUGAUCACCGAGAUGGAGGGCCUGGGUCUGAAGCUGCCCCCUCCUACCUUCUCCGUCAAAGACGUGGAGCAGUAUGUGGGUGGUGACAAAGUUAUCGACGUGAUUGAUGUGGCACGACAGGCGGACAGCAAGAUGAAACUCAGCGAAUUUAUCAAGUAUUUCACCAAGCCCCAUCGACCCAAAGUCCUCAAUCUCAUCAGCCUGGAGUUCUCCGACACAAAGAUGUCAGAGUUGGUCGAGGUUCCUGAUGUGGCCAAGAAAAUGUCCUGGGUGGAAAACUAUUGGCCUGAUGACUCGUUCUUCCCAAAGCCCUUCGUCCAGAAGUACUGCCUUAUGGGAGUUAAGGACAGCUACACGGACUUCCACAUAGACUUUGGAGGCACCUCAGUCUGGUAUCAUGUUUUGUGGGGUGAGAAGAUCUUCUAUUUGAUGAAACCCACUCCCACCAACCUUGCACUAUAUGAGGCAUGGAGCUCCUCGCCCAAUCAGAGCGAAGUGUUCUUCGGGGAUAAAGUGGAUAAGUGCUACAAGUGUGUUGUUACCCAAGGAACCACCCUGCUCAUCCCUACAGGCUGGAUCCAUGGUGUUCUCACCUCUCAGGAUUGCAUGGCAUUCGGAGGGAACUUCCUUCACAACCUCAAUAUUGGCAUGCAGCUCAGGUGUUAUGAAAUGGAGCGUCGCCUGAAAACUCCAGACCUCUUCAAGUUUCCAUACUUUGAGGCCAUUUGUUGGUAUGUGGCUAAAAACCUCUUGGAAAUGCUAAAAGAGCUACGUGAGGACAGCUAUCCUCCACCAACCUACCUUGUAGACGGAGUCAGGGCGUUAAUCGGCGCACUGAGGACGUGGUUGAAAAGAGAGGUGACCGAGCCGACCAGCGAGGUUCCAGAUCAUAUCCGGCCCAACCAUCUCAUCAAGGAGCUGACCAAGGAAAUCCGCUACCUGGAGGAGGAGCCAGUGAGCGGCAGCAAGCCAGUGAAAUCUCAGGGAAGUGGCGUACCGUUGGGAGCAAAUGGCUGCCUCACCACCCGCGCCCUGGAGAGGCUGUGCCAGGCGCGGCAGGCGAGGCGAGCCGCCCGGCGGCUCCGGGAGCAGCAGCAGCAGGCCCCCAAGGCGCCGUCCAACCUGGACAUCCUGGAACAGCACACCAUGGAGGUGUUGAAGAGGGUGGAGGUGGGGACGCUUGAAGAGGAUCCAGCGUUUUGUGCCAAGGUUCUCGGAAAGUUUAACAAAGUGUCAACUGCAUCGGCAGCAGCUGCGGAGUCAUUGGAGGACAACCACCUACGUCUCAUGUUGGUCAACGGCAGAAUCAUCCGAGAUUUAAGGCGACCGGGGAGCAGUCCGGUAAAGACGGAGGGUGAGCAGUCAUGUAUCGACCAAAGCCCACCAAAGAGCACAGCUGAGAAAGCAUCGCUCCUCAGGCGACUAGAGAGGGUGAAGAAUGAACUCAGGGAGGAGACCUCAGGACACUCCAGCGUCUCGGAUGUGGAGUCAGACAGCGACUCUCCCUCAGAAAGUAAAUCGUCGUCGUCUUCAUCUUCUGACGAUGAUUCGGAGAGUUCCCAGGAGGAAGAUGAGGAGGAGGAGCAGAACGGCUCAGGGCACAGCAUGGAUCUGGACCAGUCGGGUCAGAAACUCAGGCACAAACACAAACCACUCAAACGAGAACGUCCUACCUCACCCAGCACAGAAGAGGCCAUUCAGGGGAUGCUGUCCAUGGCUGGUCUGCUGGAGGAGGCGCCGUCGCCCCAGGAGUCCUGGUGGGCCGGUUCGACCCAACGCUCGCUGCAGGGGAGCAAGAGCCCCAUGGACAGCCAGGGCAACAGCAGCAGCGAGGCCUGGGACAAUCAAGGGCUCCCCAGCCCCAAUACGGAGUACCAGUACUGUGACCCCUCCAUGUCUCCGCCGCUGCACCCUUCCAAGAGGAACGCGCCCAACCCUCCACCCAUCAGCAACCAGGCUACAAAAGGUAAAAGGCCCAAAAAAGGAAUGGCAACAGCCAAACAGAGACUCGGCAAGAUCCUUAAACUCAACAGACACAGUCGUGUUUUUGUUUGACGCGCUUCCUGAAACUUCAAAGAAAAAAAAAGAUAAUUUGCCCUCAGUUCUCAAAGAAGUAAAAAAAAAAGAGAGAGAGAAACUUUUUUUCUUUUUUUUUUUUUUGUCACUUUUGUGGCGGAGAAAAGAAAAAGAUGGAGACGACCGCAACAGACCGGAUCUGACAACACGCUCACUGUGCAUGCUGAGGAGACAGGGUAUUGAAUUUGAGCAAAUCUUCACAGGAAAAUAAUUAAAAUAAAAGCACACUAAGAACAAAAAAGGAGAAUUACGUGAUUUUCAUGUGGAUUAAAUUGAAGUUUCAGCGGGCAUUCGAAUGGGACCGAGAAAACCUGCGAGCUUUGCUUCUGGAUGAGUUCAGCAAGUUGAAACGUGGUGCUUCGAGAAAUUAAAAGGAAAAAAAAAUGGAGGCGGCGACGAACUGAAAUUUCAAAAUGGUGCUUCUUGUUUUGUAUUUUUCUUCCACUCGUGCUUUUCUUCCUCCCUCUUUUUAUCUCAAUCACACCAGCAAUAAUGACUUUGGAGCGAGAGGAGAGGCGGAGAGCGGAAAGAGAGCGCUGCCUCUCCCUGAAUUUGUUUUCAAUAGGAUUUAACUAAUUUAUUUCUCAUUUUAUCAGUUUUAUUUUCAAUGUGUUUAUGGAUUAUGUAUUUAUUAAUUGAAAGAAUUGAUGAUUUUAUUAUGAAAUGCCCACGGAACCUUUAGUUGUGAGGGUUUUAAGAGGUUUUUCUUUUCUUUUUUUAAUCUUUAAACAUUUUUGUAAAUGUGGAUGUUUUUAGUCUUGAGUAGCAGUUGACCUUCGACCUUUCUAACUUUCUGUCGUCACAAAUCUUUUCCUUCUGCAGUUGACUUGAGCCUGUGUUGACUCCCGUCUCUUCCCAGUGAUUUUUGGGCGAUGUGUGUAGAGACUUUGGUUAGGUUUAUUUCUUUCACGUCUUCACCUGAACAUCCUCAGUUAGUGCCACUUAACUUUAAUUAGCAAAAAAUAUAUAUAUAUAUCUGAGCCACUGUGGUCGGUACAAAGUACUUUAGUAGUUUUCAUACCCCUUGAACUUUUCCUAUUUGUUACUUUAAAGAAAUUUUAUGAUAUACCAAGAUAAUAGUAGAGAUUUUUUUUUAAAAUAUUGGUACUUUAUUCCAAGCAAAUAAUUCUAAUUGAAUUACAGUUUGUUGCUCCCAUUAUAUUGACAACUACAGGGUGCCGAGUAACGCGCCAGAGGGGAUUCCCAUAACUGAAAUUAUACACUCCAAGUGUUGUAAGGCAAAUGCAAUAAUUUUAAGUCUUUUUCUUUUUUUAUUCAAUAUAUUUAUCAUUGUCAACAACAGUUCCUUCCUUUUUUAUCUAAUAAAUGUAAAGAUAAAAAUUUAUAACCUCAGCAUAAUUCUGCCACCACAUAUCAUCCAGUGUUCAGUUCAGGGUGAAGUGCAGUGUCAGUUUUCUGACAGUUUUUUUGUUUGUUUGUACUAAUUAAAAUAAGAAUAUAUUUUAUUUAAUUUAUUUUUUUGCAAUAAACUUUGGAGUCCCACAGCAUGAUUCUGCCACCUCCAUAUUUCCCAGUGUUCAGUUCAGAGUGAGCUGCAGUGUUAGCUUUCAGUCACAAGCUUAUAUUUAUCUUUUUGACUACUUAAUAUAAAAAAAGGAAAACAUAUAUUAUUAAAUAUAUAUAUGGUUGUUUUUGGCUACAAACUCUUGAUUCCCACACCAUGAUACUUCCACCACCAUGCAUUUUUCACUGGAGUUGCUCUUUUCAGUUAAAAGUGGUGCACUGUUAGUUUUCUGCUACAGUCUUGAUUUAUUUUUAUUUUUACAAAUUAAUAUUUUGGGCUAAAAUUUUAAUUCCCACAGCCUGAUUCUGCCACCACCGUGCUUCACAGUGGAGUUAUUCUAUUCAGCUCAGAAUGGUGCACAUUUAGUUUUUUUCCCCAAUAUAUUAUUUAAGUUAACCAUUUUUAAACAUGGCAACUAAUCAGAUUCCCUUAGCAUUAUGUUGCCACCACCAAGUUUUGAAGUAGAGAUUGUGAAUUUGGUGAAUUAACUUUAUUUCAGGGAGGAAGUUGGGGAUUGUUUUAACUUAAUCUACAAAAACAAAGGCUUAUGCAAUGCAAUACUUUAGGUUUGUCACGUAAAAACUGCAGUUUAAAUGAAAUUUAGUGGUUUUAAAGUGACAAAAAUGGGGAGAAGUUCAAGGAGUAGAAACACUCAAAGUGUUCAGAAAAACGAGGAACCUCCAAUGGGAAUGAGUGAGUAUUGUUUUUAUUUUAAGUACCAGUGAUGUUGGUGAUGAAACGUGAGCAGUUCUUCACUCUCAGGGAAUGAUGCCAUGGACAUUAACCUCCGAUUAACCACCAGCCACAUCAUCACGGAUGCAGACAGGACGCUCUCAGCUCUCCCAGGACUUUCAGGAAGUCCUGCUUCUGAGAAGCUGAGGUUUGUUUUCAUAUUUCCAAAAUAAAAAAUGUAAAAAAGAAACAAAAUAACCUCCAUUUUGGGGUUUUUCAGGUUGCUGUCACCAGUCAUUGUAUCUUCCGGUGUUGUCCCUCAAACUUCCAAGUUGUGUUCAGCUCAGUGUUACUCAUUCAUCACCCUCCUGGAGUUGACCCUUGACCUCAUCAGUGAACUGCCAUAUAGCUUUAAGAUCAUUCUGUGAACAGUGAGGCUGGGAAAACUUUUCUCAGGUCGACCUACAAGUAACUGUGUGAUGAUCGCCAGGCUGAAUCCCUACACUACACUCUUUAACUUUUUCAAUUCUUUGCAUGUCAAGUCAUUUAAGAAUAAAAAAGAAAAGAAAACGCGAGCUGGCCCGCAGGCAGGGUUUGUUUAUAAGCUGUAGUGUUCACACAGAAUUUAUCACCUCCCUCCUCUUCCUGCCUUUUUUUAAGCAUUAAUGUUGUCGUUUCUUGCAAAAGAUUGCUUCUGAUUUGAAAUCUACAAACACUGGCUAACUGUGACACUGUUGAUGCGCUGCAUUUGUUUCUGCAUUUCAAAAAUUGCUUGUAAAUAAAACGAAUGAAAUAAAAACAAAA